AUGGCAUGGCAAGUAAUAUUUCUAUGCUUUACAUUGUGUUCUGUGGCUGUUUCUAAUCAACUUCACUAUUCAAUUCUAGAAGAGAUGAAGAUAAAUGCUAUAGUUGGGAAUUUAGUAAUAGAUUUGGGAUUGAAUACUAAUGAAUUAGAAAUAAGAAAAUUAAGGAUUGUUUCCCAUGACAGCAGGAAUUAUUUCAAUGUGAGCCUAGAAAAUGGCAACUUAUAUGUCAGUGACAGGAUAGAUAGGGAAGAGCUUUGUGGAUCAGAGGAGAGCUGCUUUAUGGACCUUGAGAUUCUGGCUGAGAAUCCUGUGAAUGUUUAUCCUGUCAAGGUGGAAAUCCAGGAUAUAAAUGACAAUUCACCAACAUUUUUUAAGAGUACAUUUGAGCUAGGAAUAAGUGAGUCUGCUUCCCCAGGUGCACGUUUUAUUCUGGGAAAUGCACUUGAUCCGGAUAUCGGGAUUAAUUCUUUACAGAGUUAUACUUUGAGCCAAAAUCCACAUUUCGCUUUGAAAGAAAAGAUUGACAGUGAAGGAAAAAAACAUCCAGAGCUGAUCUUAGAACAAAAUCUAGAUCGAGAAAAGCAGCAAAAAUAUACAUUAAUUCUGACUGCAACUGAUGGAGGGAAACCUCUGAAAACCGGAACUGCUACUAUUACAAUUGAAGUACAAGAUGCCAAUGACAAUUAUCCAGUAUUUAGUCAAGAUACCUAUAGAAUACAUUUAAAUGAAAAUUCACCAGUAGAUUCCUUUGUUCUUCAGCUUAGUGCUACUGACAAAGAUGAAGGAUCCAAUGCCAAAGUAAGAUAUUUAUUUAGUCAUAUGUCUGAAAAAGCUAAUAAUGUAUUUAGCUUGGACUCUGAAACUGGUAUUAUUAAAACAAAAGGGGAACUAGAUUAUGAAAUAACAAGAAGUUAUGAGAUGACUGUGGAAGCAGCAGAUGGUGGAGGCCUUGCGGCCAAAUGCACUAUAUUAAUUCAGAUAGAGGAUGUCAAUGAUAAUGCACCUGAAAUAAUGCUUGCUUCACUGAAGACACCUAUUCCAGAGGAUUCUGCACCUGGGACACUUGUUGCGUUAAUUCAUAUUAAAGAUUUAGACUCUGGGAAAAAUGGUGACGUUACAUGCCAAAUAUCAGAAACCAGUACAUUUAUAUUAAUUCCAUCAUCUAACAAUUACUACAAACUUGUGACUGCAAGUUACAUGGAUAGAGAGAAAAAUUCUACUUAUAAUAUCACCAUUAUAGCUGAGGAUGGAGGCAUCCCUCAAAUGGUUACUAAGAAGGAAAUAUAUAUAAAUGUUUUUGAUAUAAACGACAAUUGUCCACUUUUCGAUAAACCAAUCUAUAUUGCUUAUAUUCCAGAACAUAUUCCAGCUGGAACUUCAUUGCACACUGUCCAUGCCUCAGACCCAGAUGAUAAUGAGAAUGCUCAGAUAAUUUACUCUAUAAUAGGCUCAACUGUUGACAAUAUACCAGUCACAUCAUAUAUUUCCAUUAACUCAAUAAGUGGAGUGAUCUAUGCCCAGAGGUCAUUUGACUAUGAACAGUUGCGGGAAUUUCAGUUCCAGGUGAUGGCUAAAGACAGUGGAUCUCCUCCUCUAAGCAGUAAUGUCACAGUGAGGAUAUGUAUCAUUGAUAAGAAUGAUAAUGCUCCUAAGAUUCUCUACCCAUCACCAGACACGGAGGGAUCAGCAUUAUUUGAGUUUAUUCCUCAUUCAGCUGAGAAAGGUUAUCUGGUCACCAAAGUGAUUGCAGUGGACGCUGACUCUGGACACAAUGCCUGGCUCUCCUAUCACUUACUACAAGUUCAAGAACCAUCUUUAUUCACCAUUGGCCAAUAUACUGGAGAAAUCAGGAUUGGAAGAGAUCUUCCAGAUAUGGAAUCUUUGAGGCAAAAGAUUGUGGUUCUGGUAAAAGAUAAUGGUGUCCCAUCUUUGUCAUCUACAGUCACAAUAAAUAUGGUUGUAGCAGAAAACUUUCAGCAGGUUUUACCAGAGAUAAAGCGCCAUCCAAGUAAAUCAGAAAUUUCUUCUAAUGCAACCUUUUACCUUGUAAUCGCCAUAGCUCUGAUUUCCUUAUUGUUCAUUAUAACAGUAUUGAUAACAGCCAUUUUUAAGUGCCAGAAGUCAAGUGUACCACCUUCUUUUGGAACAUAUAGUAGAAAUAUGUACCCUCAGUUCACCCUGGGAUGUCCUUCUGAGAUCAGUGAUACAAGUUUACCUUUCCCAUUCUCAUAUGAUGUGUGUGUGACUCUGGAUUCAAAGCAGAAUGAAAUUGCUUAUCUGAAACCAGUGGAAAAUGUCCCUACAGACAAUCUUAUAGACACUGAUGAUUCUGCGGUUGUUGGUGAUAAUGUUUCCACUGAACAAGUUGCACAGGUAAGACAUAGUUUUUCACUUAAUUCUUAG